CUAGUGCCGUCACCACGGCCACAACGGAAACGCCCACUUCUGCUGCCACUUCAACCCCGUCCACUUCCAUCACAACAACUUCCCUCUCUCCCUCCACUGAGACAACGUCCACGACGUCUACCACCGACAUGGAAACAACAUCCACCUCGACUGCCACUCAUAGUACUCCAGGCAUCACUACAUCAGAGAGCUCCUCCACAGGCAGCACACCCACAUCCACAGCAACCCCACCUGCCUCUACCUCUGGCACCUGGCGGACAUCCACAACUGAAGUCAGUACUUCUACCAGCAUUUCCCCUUACACAAUCACUUCUACUGAAAUUGUUGGCUCUACUUCAGGAACAUCAGGAACUGUGUCCACAAACAUGGGAACAAAUUCCACUCUGACGACACUGCAUACUUCAAGUGUUGCUAGCAUAUCAUCUUCUAUAUUGAGUACAUCUACAAAUGCAAUAACCACUGCCUUUAGUACCAUAAUCUCAUCUUCAGUUCCCAUUAUAACAAUGUCCCCUUCUCCUUCUUACACCAGUGAAAAUUCUGUGCCCGUUACUACUACUAACCUUUCUCCUAUCCCCUCACAUUCCUUCAGUACAGGAAACAAAGGUUCUUCUUCUGUCCCUGCUUUUCCUACUUCUUCACCUUUAACUACAAGAACUUCUCCAUCCAUGCCCUCUACUAUAACCUCUUCUACUAAAAUAACCACCACUUUUACUAUUUCCUCCACUACCCCUUGUCCAGAAUUUAUAUCAGUUACAAUAGUGCCUACUUCUCCCACCACUCCAUGCAUAGAAAUUGAUUCUAGUGGUAAAGUUACUUCUACACCCACCAUUCCAUUAUCAGUGUUUACUUCUACUACUGAGUUUGCCACCACCCCUCCUAGUUUCACUAGUAUGACAACUGUAUUUCCUACACAUAUGGACACUUCUACUUCAGUUCAGGAAACUGACCCCACCAGCAUUAUAACUGCUGCUGCUAGUUCUACCAGCCCUGGGACUGUCCCCAUUAACACAAUUUUGACGAGCACACAAAGACCCACUAGCGAGACCUGGAUGAGCACCACGUCACCUGUGUCCAAUUUCAGUAGCUUCCCACCAACCAUGAAACCAAGCAGCAGCUUUCCAACUGCCAUGAUGACGUCAAGCAAGUUGACAGACCCCACCCUAACCACCAACAGGACUCUAGAGACAUCGGUGGCCACCACUCAGAAUCCCACCACUUAUACGUCACCCAGGACAACUUCAACCUCUACUCAGAUGACCACACAGUCUAAAUUGACCACCACUGCAGGCACUUGUGACAAUGGUGGCACCUGGAUACAGGGCCACUGCCUCUGCCCCCCGGGGUUCUCUGGGGACCGCUGUGAGCUCAAGGAGAUCAAGUGCCAGAAUGGAGGUCAAUGGGAUGGCGUCAAGUGCCGCUGCCCCAGUGCCUUCUAUGGCAUCCGCUGUGAGUUUGCCGUGGAACAGGUGGAAGUGGAGACAGUGGACACUGAAGUGGGCAUGGAGGUGUCUGUCCAAAAGGAAUUCUCCCCGGAACUCAAUGAUAACACUUCCAAGGCCUACAUGGAUUUCAGCAACACCUUCAAGCAUCAGAUGCAGAAGGUUUACCAAAACGUGCAGGGGUUCAAGGAUGUGGAGAUCCUGUCCCUGAGGAAUGGCAGCAUCGUGGUGGACUAUCUGGUUCUGCUGGAGUUGCCCUUCAGUGUCCAGCUGGAGAACGAGUAUGAGAAGGUGAAGACAGUCCUGAUGGAGGAACUCCAGAAUGUCACCCAGGAUCAGGACAACUGCCAGAACGACACCCUGUGUUUUAAGCCUGACUCCAUCAAGGUGAACAACAACACCAGGACGGAGCUAACUGUGGAAGCCAUCUGCCGCCGAGCCGCUGCCCAGGGGUAUGAGGACUUUUACUUCCCCUUGGUGGAGGAGAACAGGCUCCGCUGCGUCACCAACUGCACCUCAGGCGUAUCCGGCGCCAUGGACUGUAACCAGGGCCAGUGCCUCCUGGAGAGGAGCGGGCCCACGUGCCGCUGCUUCUCCACGGACACGCACUGGUUCUCGGGCCCACGCUGCGAGGUGUCUGUUGCCUGGAAGGCACUGGUUGGGGGCCUAGCGGGGGCCGCGGCGGUGCUGCUGCUGCUGGGGGCCCUCGGCGUCUUCGUGGUGCGCUACCGGAAGAGGCGCGGCCAAGACAGAGUCUGGUCCAGGGACGAUGAGGACGACAGGAAAUGGUUCGAGAUGUGUGAUGACAACACUGUGGGAACUUUUAUAAACUUGGGCUUUGAAGACGACAGAGCAGUCAAGGAGGAAAACUUCCACGUGGCCUUGGAGACUGUGGACACCAGUAAGCAGGUACACAUCCAGAGACCUGAGGUGGCCUUGUCCCGGCUGUGAGCUCUGCAUUACCCCCUCCGCACUGCCCCAGGCAGCAAGAAGGAACCACCCGCACCGCGUCCAGUUCCAGAGAUGGCCCAGGUCUCAUGCUGCUCCGUGUCCUGGUUUCCUUGGGCAAAAUCUGACCAUCCUCUGACCUCCAUCCUUCUCCCACUUUGGGUGAAACCCAUCUGGAGACCCAGUUCGGAUCCAGGCUCUUCUUCUGUCGGACCUUGGGGAAAUCUGUUAACUUCUCCAUACAUGUAAAAUUCGUAUAGCACACUUGUUCUGAUACCGGUACAGUUAUUGUGAAAACCAGAAGUGCUCAGUCGGUUUUCUAUCCCAAUACCCCUUCCUGUGUCAGCCCUCAUGCUUAGAUGGCUUCUCUCAGAUCCGCAGUCCCCGCAUCCUUGGGUCUCAGGCCUUAGUCUUUAUUUUCCUGUGAGCAUUCCAUUCUGCCUAUUCCUCACCUUUACCUUAGCCAGCCCCCAAACCACCCCAGCCUCCUUCCCUCCUUAGAGAAUUCCCUGCCAUAGCCCUUACUCCCGUUCUUUUACUUUGUCUUCCCGACUGAAACCACUUCUUAAACCACUUCUCCCCACAUCCCAGCCCACAGCCCUGAUCUCCUCCUGAUCUGUAUUCUCUCCCUCCCCAUCCUUGUACCCUCAGCCCUAAGCCCUUACUCUCCACCUCAGUGCCCCAGUCCUAAAUCUUCCUUUCUCCCCCAACGCCCCUGUCCCUAGUUAGGUACAGAUGCCCUCGUCAUCUUAGAACCCCCCAGCUGUGUUCCCCAGGCUCUCGUCCCCCAUUCUGAGGCUCCAUCCCUUCCUCUCCUUUCUAAGGGCCCUGGAUACUUGUGGGGGGUGGGGUGGGGGGAGGGUUGGGACAUGGGUUCCCCCAGGUCGUCAAGGCUGAAGGGAAGUGGUGGAGAAGCUCCCUCAGUCCCCUCCUCCUCAUUCCCCUCAUUCUCCAUCCCCUCCUCACUGCCUCACCCGCCUUCUACCCUCUUCCCAGCUCCUCCUCCUCCUCACUCUGUUCCUGCUUCCACCCCUGUCUCUGCAGUAACCUCUGAGGCCAGAAGCCCAGCCUCCUAGGCAGGGAGGUCUCUUUUGGGGACAGGAAGCCUGCAAGUCUCCAAUUCUCCCUUGGAACACAAUAUAACAUUUAUUGCAAAAGAAGCUGCUCUGUGUCUC